AAUAAAACUUUGUGCACUGACAGACACAACUUCCAGCACCCACCAGCUGGGCAAAAAUGGGAAUUAGUACAGCCAAUUUGCUUCUUUUUCUCUUGCUCAGCUCAGUGAAAGGAGACAUACUGGAUGACUAUUUAAGAACAGAUGGUGUUUGGAUACUUACUAGAAAUAAAGAGUUUUACAGUACAAAUAAUGAAAAAGAAUGUGCAGAGAAAUGUGAUGCUGAAAUAAAUUUUAAUUGCAGGGGCUUCCUAUUCACCAAGAAAAAGUUACAGUGUUUGACAUUGGCUGAAAAUACCAAAACAACAGUCGUAUUCCACAGUGAAGAUGCAGUUCUCUAUGAAAAGAAAAUUUACCUUCUACAAUGUAAAAGAGGGAUUGGGAAGGACUACAGAGGAACAGAAGCCAAAACUUGGAGAGGUAUUCCAUGCCAGAAAUGGGCAGAAAAAUCACCCCACAAUCCAAACUUUACGCCUGAGAAACACCCCAGAGCAGAGUUGGAGGAAAACUACUGUAGAAAUCCUGAUGGGGAUGUAAGAGGACCCUGGUGUUAUACAACAGAUCCUGCUACCAGAUUUGAUUACUGUAACAUUCCAGAGUGUGAGGGGCAGGUCAUGCAGACUGGAGAAGAUCCUACAGUGGAGUGCAUGGAGUGUAAUGGUGAAGAUUAUCAUGGAAAUGUCUCCAGAACAGAGUCUGGACUUGAGUGUCAGCGCUGGGAUGCCCAAGAACCUCAUAUGCAUGGAUAUACCCUGAAACACUUUCCAGGGAAGGACCUGAAGAUGAAUUACUGCCGUAAUCCAGAUGGUGAACUUCGGCCCUGGUGUUUCACCAUGAGCCCCACUAAGCGCUGGGAAUAUUGCAACAUUCCUCGUUGCACUAUGCAUCCACCAGCCUCUGGCCUGGGCUCCCAGUGUAUUUCAGGGAAUGGAGAUGAUUACCGAGGCAGGAUAGCCAUCACUGCAUCAGGGAACACCUGCCAGCAUUGGAACCUGCAGUUUCCUCACAAACAUGGCUGGAUUCCUGACAGAUAUCCCUGCAAGGGUUUAGAGGAAAACUACUGUAGAAACCCUAAUGGAGAGAAGAGGCCUUGGUGCUACACCAUCAACAGCAGUAUCCGCUGGGAAUACUGUGCAGUUCCCCACUGCGAUGGGACAGAACAAAGUGCUGACGUGGCUACACAGGUAUUCUUGCCAGAGGAGUGCUAUCAAGGCAAAGGCCUGAAUUAUCGUGGCACAACUUCCAUCACCGUAUCAGGACGGAAAUGCCAAGCCUGGAGCUCCAAGUCUCCACAUGAUCAUGGAAAGACCCCAGAAAAAUUCCCAAAUGCGGAUUUGAGGGAGAACUACUGUAGAAAUCCAGAUGGUGAUAGCCGCCCAUGGUGUUUCACCACAGACCCCAGCGUUCCAUGGGAGUACUGCAGUCUCAAGAGAUGUGAUGAUCAUACUGAGGAAGCCACGCCAAAUGACCCCCCUGCAACAAUGGCACAGACUGUUGGCCUGACUAUCCCCCCCAUGACAUCUGACUGCAUUAACGGCAAUGGUAAAGACUAUCGCGGCACAGUAGCAAAAACUGGAAAUGGCAGAACUUGUCAAGAGUGGAGUUCUCAGAGCCCUCAUAGCCACAAAUACUUCACUCCUCUGACUCAUCCAAGAGCAGGCCUGGAUAAAAAUUAUUGCAGGAAUCCUGAUGGAGAUGUAAAUGGUCUUUGGUGCUUCACAACAGAUCCAGAAAAAAUAUGGGAGUACUGUGAAAUCCCGCGCUGCUCUUCUUCUGAUUAUGACUGUGGAAAAUUCUCAAUGAGAAGUGAGGCCUGUGAGCAACACAGCAUGUGUGAUGCAUCUCCAGGGUAUUGGCCUUGGCAUGUCAGUCUCAGGACAAGUACCAACAUGCAUCAUUGUGCUGGCACUCUGAUACAUCCACAGUGGGUCCUUACUGCAGCUCAAUGCUUGCAAGAGUCAGUACAGCCCUCUUCCUAUAGGAUCUUUCUUGGGAUACAGAACCUAAAUGCAGAAGAGCCAUCCCUGCAAAUCCGGAGCGUUCACAAAUUACUGAAGGAACCCAGCGGAGCAGACAUUGCUCUGCUAAAGCUGAACAGUCCUAUAACAAUUACUGACCGUGUAAAGCCAGUUUGUUUGCCUGAAACAAGUCUGACGAUGGAAAGAAACUCUGUAUGCUUUCUAACUGCCUUCGGAAAAACAAAAGGUACUGAUACAGGCAAAAGAUUAAAAGACAUUGAAUUCCCCAUACUUGAAAACAGAAUGUGCUAUCGUCCUGGAUUUUUCAAUGGAAGCGUAGAUAACCAUGAAUUUUGUGGUGGAUUCACUUUUGUAAGAGUACAUCACUGCGAGGCUGAAGUUGGAGGACCUCUAGUCUGCCAAAAUAAAGAUAGAUUUAUCCAAUAUGGAGUCACUUCUUGGGGACUGGACUGUACCCAGCCAUCAAAGCCCACAGGUUUUGUCCAAAUUCCUAGCUUUCUGUCUUGGAUCAAGAAUGCAAUGGUUACCCACUUGUGCCAUUCCGUGGCAAAGGGGGAUCAGUGUGGGAGAAUCAUUAACUUAAUCUACCUGCCCUGUUUGUUUGAUGCCUCUUCAACCCAGUGCAAGUCAAUAAAAACUUUGUGCACUGACAGACAACUUCCAGCGCCCGCCAGCUGGGCCAAAAUGGGAAUUGGCAAAGCCACUUUGUUCCUUCUUUUCUUGCUCAGCUCAGUGCAAGGAAGCAUACUAGACAGCUAUGUGAGGACAGAGGGAGCUUGGCUGCUUAACUCAAAGAAGCAAACUUAUAAGACAAAUAGUAAAGAAGAGUGUGCAGAGCAGUGUGAAAAUGAAACUAAAUUUCCUUGCAGGGCCUUCUUAUUCACCAGUAAAGACCAACAGUGUAUAACAUUGGCUGAGAACACCAAAACAGCAGUGCUAUUCAGAAGAACAAAUGCAGUUCUUUAUGAAAAAAGAAUUUAUCUUCUAGAAUGCAAGGAAGGUAGUGGGAACAAUUACAGAGGAACAGAAGCCAAAACUCAGAAGGGUGUGGCAUGCCAGAAGUGGGCCGAUACUGUACCCCAUAAACCUAAGUACACACCUGAAAAAUACCCUGAGGCAGGGCUGGAGGAAAAUUACUGCAGAAAUCCUGAUAAUGAUGAAAAAGGACCCUGGUGUUACACAACAGAUCCUAAUACCAGAUUUGAUUACUGUAACAUCCCAGAAUGUGAAGUGGAGUGCAUGCACUGCAGUGGAGAAAACUAUCAUGGAUUAGUUGCAACAACAGCAUCUGGGCUUGAGUGCCAACGCUGGGACUCCCAGCAACCUCACUCUCAUGGAUACCUCCCUGAAAAUUUUCCAGAGAAGGAUCUGAAGAUGAAUUAUUGCCGUAACCCUGAUGGUGAACCUCGGCCCUGGUGUUUCACUACCAACCCGAAUAAACGCUGGGAAUUUUGUGACAUUCCUCGUUGCACAACACCCCCACCUGUACCUGCACCAGGGCGUCAGUGCUUGUCAGGAAGAGGAGAAGACUAUCGAGGCAAGAUAUCUGUUACUGAAUCAGGGAAUACCUGCCAGCACUGGAGUGCCCAGUUUCCUCACAGACAUGCUCGCACUCCUGAAAACUAUCCCUGCAAGAAUUUAGAGGAAAACUAUUGUAGAAACCCUGAUGGUGAGAAGAUGCCAUGGUGUUACACCACAAAUGCAACUGCUCGAUGGGAAUAUUGCACCAUUCCUUCCUGUGACGGGAAAGAGCCAGACACCCCUGCUGUUGAUCAGCCUGAGCAAGCUCAAGCAACUGAGGAGUGCUACCAAGGCAAUGGUGUGAGUUAUCGUGGUACAGCAUCUUUCACUAUCACAGGGAAGAAAUGUCAAGCCUGGAACUCAAUGUCACCACACCGUCACAAUAAAACUUCAGAACACUUCCCAAAUGCGGACCUGAGGCAGAAUUAUUGCAGAAACCCAGAUGCUGAUAGCCGCCCAUGGUGCUACACCACUGACCCAAGUGUGAGAUGGGAGUACUGCAACCUGAAGAGGUGUAAUGGCAAUGUACAGAUGACUCUACCAAAACCUCCUCAGACAACUCUGGAACCAAAUCCUGAUUGCAUUCAUUCAAAUGGUAUAGAUUAUCGUGGCACAGUAGCAAGAACUGCAAGAGGCCGGACUUGUCAAGAGUGGAGUUCUCAGACACCACAUAAACAUGACUACUUCACUCCAAGGACUCAUCCAAAAUCAGGCCUGGAAAAAAAUUAUUGCAGGAACCCUGAUGGAGAUGUGAAUGGACCUUGGUGCUACACAACUGACCCAAGAAAAGCCUGGGAGUACUGUGACAUUCCCAAGUGCCCUCCUACUCAGUAUGAAUGUGGAAAAGCCAAGACCAGACCAAAGCUAUGUGCUCAAAGGAUUGUUGCUGGGUGUAUUUCACAUCCACACUCCUGGCCCUGGCAAAUCAGUCUCCGGACAAGUUAUGGCUUGCAUUUCUGUGGGGGAACACUGAUAGACCCACAGUGGGUUCUUACUGCUUCUCACUGCUUAGAAAAGUCAUCACGGCCAUCUUCGUAUAAAGUAUACCUUGGAUUACAUGAAGAAAGAGCAUUAGAAACAUCAGUGCAGAAAAGAGAUGUUGAGAAGCUGUUCAAGGAGCCUCACAGGGCGGAUAUUGCUCUACUAAAACUGAGGAGCCCUGCAAUCAUCACUGAUCAGGUAAUCCCUGUUUGCUUGCCAAAAGAAAAUGCUGUGUUAGGAGGAAGAGAGGAGUGCUAUGUAACAGGUUGGGGAGAUACAAAAGGUACUCCUGGUGAAGGCUACUUAAAGGAAACCGGCUUCCCUGUAAUUGAGAAUAAAAUAUGCAACCGCCCUGAAUUUUUGAAUGGGAGAGUCAAAAAACACGAGCUCUGUGCUGGAAAUAUUCAUGGGGGCACAGAUACCUGCCAGGGAGACAGUGGAGGACCACUAGUUUGUCUGGACCAAGACAGAUUUGUCCAACAUGGAGUCACCUCUUGGGGCCUUGGCUGUGCCCAACCCAUGAAACCUGGAGUUUAUGUUCGAGUUUCUAAUUAUAUUCCUUGGAUUAAAAGCAUAAUGGAAAACAACUGAUCCUGGGCAUGGACUACCCUCUCCUGGAAAGCAGUAUGCACAUUAGAAAUACAAGAUUACAAGUGCAAUAUUAAAGCUACAAUCAUUCCUAAAAAGCAAAAUAAAUAUGAUCAUCCAUUUAAAAUUGCUUUAAGGUAAUGUUUAUUGCCAUAAAACCCAUCUGACUCCAUUACCCUCUUUCUAUAUGUUCUGUGGUUCGCUAUGUUUGACAAUAGACCAACACACCUUUGAAAUACUUGUCAAAAAUCCUAACAUCAGCUGCAGCUGAAUAUCUGUAUUUCAAUCAUAUGAGACUCUACAAUGACUUUUUAUUCUCAGUUUAAGAUGUUGUGUCUCCAACAGAUGAAGAAAGGAGAAUAUUUCUCAUUUUCUAUGAGCUGCUUGAUCUUUUCACCAAUCCAAUGAUUAAAAAAAAAAAAAAGAAGAAACACUGUACACAUCUUUUAUGUCUGCGGUGUUUUAUUACAUGUAUCUGACUGCAUUAAGUACAUGGGAUGAAAAAAAUAAACAAACACAUUUGGCUUGUA